ACACGGAUGCGCACCAGUGCGGCCGUCGUCCACGCUCAUGCCGCACACUUUCCUCUCUGUGCACUUGGAAAAUAUACUGUGACAAAAACGAACAGUUGAUCGUUGAUCGAACUGGAUGUGUUCUGCGAUUACAACCUUUGGAUUCAGUGCUGGCUUCUUUUUUAUGUUAUUAUUUUGUUAAUUCUCAACAACUGCAAUAACACUUUGAGCUCUUUUUCUUUUAUUGUUGUUAUUCCAGAGCUGUCUGCUCGUCCCACAUUUUUCGGGGAGGUGUCGAGUCUGCUGAUCUAAAUUUGGAUAUUUACUGCUGACUUUUUCCUGAAAUCCUCAUCCACAUGACUGAGCCAGGGUACGAGCGGAGACGUGGCUCCCCACCUGGGAAGACCUACGGCUAAAGUUUGAAGGGUGCAAAGCUGUUCGUUUCCCCCACCUUUACUUGCUGGGAUUUGCAUACACCCCAGAAAUUUCACUAAAUAACGGAUAUCUCAUCUAUCUCUGCGCACGACCGGGAGUCGUUCGACUUGGAUUUAUAGCGCUCCAGGAUUUCACCCCCAUCUAAACCAUGAGGACCGUCGUUUUUGAUGGGGGGCGACUCCUUUUCCUGGUGAUGUGGCUGAACCUAUUGCCUCAAACUGACAGCUGCCCUGCCAAGUGUGUGUGCUACAGUGAGCCCAGGCCCACUGUGGCUUGCCAACAACAAGGACUGUUUUCGAUUCCUACAGUGAUUCCUGUACGGAGCCAACGGAUAUUCCUCCAGAGUAACAAGCUGACAGUGGUGAGGUCCACUAGCUUCAGUUCUUGCCACAAUCUUACUGUUCUCUGGCUCUACUCAAACAACAUAACCUACAUCGAGGCUGGAGCCUUUUUUGGUCUGGAAAAACUGGAGGAACUGGAUAUUGGAGAUAACAGCAACCUCCGCACCAUUAAUCCAACGGCCUUUCGGGGUUUAACUAAGCUGCACACCCUCCACAUUCACAGGUGUGGCCUGUCAGAGCUCCCUGUUGGGGUUUUCAGAGGAAUGUUCUCUCUCCAGUAUCUUUACUUGCAGGAUAAUAACAUCAGCACUCUGCAUGAUGACACCUUUGUGGACCUUGCCAAUCUCACUUAUCUCUACCUGCAUAAUAACAAGAUCAAGAUAGUAACAGACAACAUGUUUCGUGGCGUAAUAAAUCUGGACAGGCUACUGCUACACCAGAACCAGGUAAUCUUUGUACAACCCAGGGCUUUUAGUGAUCUCGGAAAACUAAAAUCCUUGUUCCUGUUCUUCAACAACAUUACUGUCUUGACUGGGGAGACAAUGGAUCCUCUGGUUUCCCUUCAGUACUUGCGCUUAAAUGGGAAUCAGUGGAUUUGUGACUGCCGUGCGAGGACCUUGUGGGAUUGGUUCAAACGUUUCAAAGGCUCCAGUUCAGAAUUGGAGUGCUAUGUCCCAGAGUUCCUGGCAGGAAAGGAUCUGAAACAACUGAAAAGUGAAGAAUUGGAGGGAUGUGUUGAGACAUCACAAAUCCAGACAACUCUCUUUAACUCCAAGGCACAGUCUGGGAAAUUUUCCUCAACUGAAAGCCCUCUAGGGGACAACAUUCCCAAGUGUUGUCUUGGAGAUAAUGACAAAUCCUCCAUCCUUUCUGGAAAGAGUCGCCAGAUCACUAAUAAUCCCCCUAAGGAAAAGGAGAACAUGUCCAAGACCAAAUACAAGCAGCAAGAAAGAACAAAAAAUGAGACCCAGAAUAAGCAAAAUGAUGGGCCACUGGGGACCUUAUCCAACAACCUGGACAAGACAUUGGAAAACCUAAACCCUGAAUUCAUAGAGAAUCCAGAAUCAUCUACAGCAUCAAACAAAAAGAAAAAGAAGUGUUCCAGAAAAACAAAAUUGGAUUCCCACUGCAGUAAAAGCCAAAGCUCUACUUUGCAAGUGCUGCACUUUCUCAUCAUUCCCAUGAUUUGGAUAUCUCUAGCCAUGUCUUAGGACUCCUGAUAACACUCUGCACAAAGGACUCAAGAAUGUUUAUGCUAAUGACAAUGAUACAGAAGAUCCAGUGACGCCUACAACAGACAGUGACUGAGAAGCAAGGAGUCAUGUUGAUCCAACGUUGCUGGAGACAAACAAUAAUAAAAAGAGUACAAUAAAAGAAACGGAUGCCUUUACAGAACACUACAGAUCUAAUGUAAAUAUUGAUUUGGUGCCCAAAAUUGUUUGUUCUCUAUGUACUCAACUGUACUGUGUCUAAGAUACACUUCGGAGAAUCCUCCUUUUUCCCCCCUUAAAAGCUUUUACUGCUUAGACAGACCACAGGAAGACAAAAUGAAGGACAAAAAAAGGUGGGGAAAAAAGCUUCAUACAGGAAAUCAGAGACAGAAUGCGCACAAAGAAUGUUUGGUCUGUUUAAAGAAGAAAAAAAAACAAUCCCCUCUCAUUAUUUAUUCAAAGUCAUACAUUUGUUGUAAUGUUCUUUUUUAUGUUUAUAAAAACAAAUGUUUUGCCUCCCCUGAAUUUUAGUUCUAUAUUUUCAUGACAGAAAGGAUAUAUGGGGAGCAUUUAUGAAAUGAAUGAUGUCCUUUUAUUCACUGGGGAUUGCAAUGGAAUCAUAGAUAUGCAUUUUAUUUUACUUGUGUACAAGUAUGAAUAUAUUAUGAAUAAAAGUUCUUAUUUCAUAGAUGUU